AUGUCCACCCCUACUACCACCAUUGCCGGAAUCCCCCAGGAUGCUCCUCCCAAGCUGGAGAAGAAGCCCGUCAAGUUCAGCAAUCUGCUGCUCGGAGCCGGCUUGAAUCUGUUUGAGGUGACGACUCUGGGCCAGCCAUUGGAGGUGACCAAGACCACCAUGGCUGCCAACCGGGCCGACGGCUUCGCGGGCGCCAUUGCAAGAAUUUGGAGCCGUGGUGGAAUCCUCGGAUUCUACCAGGGCCUCAUCCCUUGGGCCUGGAUCGAAGCCUCGACCAAGGGCGCCGUCCUCCUCUUCGUUGCCUCCGAAGCCGAGUACUAUGCCAAGACCUUCGGUGCAAACGACUUCGUUGCUGGUAUCUCGGGCGGUAUGACAGGCGGUCUCGCCCAGGCGUACGCUACCAUGGGCUUCUGCACCUGCAUGAAGACGGUCGAGAUCACAAAGCACAAGGUGGCUGCCGCCGGUAUGAAGCCCCCGGGCACCAUGGAGACCUUCAUGGAGAUCUGGCGCAAGGAGGGCAUCCGAGGCAUCAACCGCGGUGUCAACGCCGUCGCCGUGCGCCAGGUCACCAACUGGGGCUCUCGUUUCGGUCUCUCCCGUAUAGCCGAGACCGGAAUCCGCAAGGCCACUGGCAAGGAGCACGGCGAGAAACUGGGCGUCAUGGAGAAGAUCCUCGCCUCCACCAUCGGUGGUGGCUUGUCUGCGUGGAAUCAGCCCAUUGAGGUGAUCCGCGUCGAGAUGCAGAGCAAGAAGGAGGACCCCAAUCGUCCCAAGAACUUGACCGUCGGAAAGACGUUCAAGUACAUCUACCAGAACAACGGCAUCAAGGGUUUGUACCGUGGCGUCACUCCUAGAAUCGGGCUCGGCGUUUGGCAGACAGUGUGCAUGGUUGCUUUGGGUGAUGUCGCAAAGGAAGCCGUCGAGAAGUUGACGGGCGAGAAGGUCACGGCUAAGCAUUAA